UUCGUUCGUCUCCCUCGCUACAUCUUCCUCGCCGACUCAGCUUUCUGCCGACUGCUUUCUCGCCGUCUCUCUCGCCGACUUUCUCACCUUCUCACCGACUUUCUCCCCGACUCUUCUUCUUGUAUCUCGACGGCGUCGUGUAUCUGACCAACCCUGCUGCUCGUAUCUCGCCGACUCUGCUGCUGCUCUCUCAAAAGUGCACCUAUCAUCACAAGAUCAAAUGAGAGAUCACAAGAUCAAAUGUGAUAUUGCAUGUAAAACUAAAAUGAUAAUGAAGGAUGAGUCUAUUACCAAACAUACCGGGGGUUCAAUUUUUUUUGGAGCACACCGCGAGAGGAUGAAAAAAAAAUUAGGACGAGAAGUGGAUCAAUUUGAAGUUUUUGAACGAAUGCAUAAAAGGAAGCAAGAUACUGGAGAGUUUAUGGAUAACAAAUCGGCCCGAGUUAAUGAACAAUAUAGACAACGACAAAAUGUUGAUGAUCACUCUACUAAUCUUUCAUUCAAUCUCCAAUCAUGGUGUGAUGUGGUGGGUGGCCAAUAUAAGGGAAGAGUGUAUGGAUUUGGACGCAAUCAACACUUUAGAAGAUCAUACAAUGGAAGCUCCAACGAAAUAAACUCCAAUGAAAAAAAACAAAGAACUUUCACAAGAAAUUGAAGACAUGCGUGCUACUAGCAAGAGAAUGGAGAAAGAAAUUAUUGAAAGCAAAAACAAAUUGGAACUCAUUAUCACAGAAAAUCGGCAAAGGGAAGAAAAACUUAUCAAGGAAGGUAGACAAAGGGAAUAAAAACUUAUGGAGGAAGGUAGACAAAGAGAAGAAAAUCUCAAGGGGAUGGUUUGGAAGAUGAUUCAAGAGGUUGGAUAUACCAAUCAUUUAUAUCCAGGAGGAUCUGGUCCCCGUGAGCGUCUUAAUAAACGAAAUAAAGAUUAGAUUUAGUUAGAUAAUAUGAAUAUUUGGAUGAUGUGAUAUUUUUGGAUUAAAAGUUAAUUGCUUCAAAUA